AUGUCCAUAUCCCAGGAUGCCUCUCAAGAUGGCGAUGCCUUCCCCUGGGAUCUUGGCGUCUACGAUGCACACUGUCAUCCGACCGAUACGAUGGCCUCGAUCGCCAGCAUCCCCGCCAUGAAAACGACGACCCUCACCGCCAUGGCCACGCGGGGCGAAGACCAAAAGCUGGUACAGCAAACGGCGGAGUCUCUCAAUGGCGAUGAAGACUCUACGAGAGAAGAAAGAAUUGUACCGGCUUUUGGUUGGCACCCGUGGUUUUCACAUCAAAUCCUGGACGAUACACAAACAGACAGUCCGCAACAGAAAGAUGCGCACUACACAGCUGUCCUAGCACCCUCCCCGUCCGAGGAUCCUGAGUUUAUCAAGCGCCUCCCGCAACCGAAACUUCUAUCCACGCUGAUAGCCGAGACACGAGAGCGAUUGAAGCGGUUUCCAAACGCUCUCGUCGGCGAGGUGGGUCUUGACAAAUCGUUCCGAUUACCUGGGGCAUGGACACAACAAGACCUCGACAAUCGCGACGAAGAGAUUACACCCGGAUCACGCGAAGGGCGACGACUAUCCCCUUAUAAAGUCAAGAUAUACCACCAGCGACUAGUAUUGAAAGCGCAAUUGCAGCUAGCGGGGGAAAUGCAGCGCGCCGUCUCAGUGCACAGUGUACAAUCGCACGGAGCAGUCUUGGAGGUGCUCAAGGAGUUAUGGAAAGGACAUGAACGGAUAGUCUUGUCCCGAAGGGAAAGAGAGAAGCUACAAGACGCUGAAGGGGCUCUAUCUGAAGAUGAAGAGGAAGAUGAAAAUAGACGAGAGAAGCAGACAACUACCACCAACAACAGUAAGCUGGAAAAUGCCCAGCAGCCUCUCCCAUUCCCUCCGCGAAUUUGUAUGCACUCAUACUCCGGACCGAUCGAGCCUAUACGGCAGUUCCUGCAAAAGUCGAAUCCGUCGGAUGUCUACUUCUCCUUCUCGGCGGUCAUUAAUUUUAGUGGGUUAUCGGCGCGAAAAGUGUCUGAUGUGAUCAAGGCGCUGCCUGCAGAGCGGAUCUUGAUCGAGAGUGAUCUUCACAUUGCUGGGGCACAAAUGGACCAGCUACUCGAAGAUGCAGCGCGUCAGAUUUGCGAGGUUCGUGGAUGGGAGCUGAGAGAAGGCGUGCAGCAGCUUGCAGAUAACUGGAGACGGUUUGUCUUUGGAUGA